AUGCCUUACCACGACAAAUCUGGGGAUUUAGAAAAUCAAGAUGAAGAGAAGAAAGAAGAAAGAAAAGAUGAAGAGAAGAAGGAAGAAAAAAAAGAUGAAGAGAAGAAGGAAGAAAAAAAAGAAGAAAAAAAAGAUGAAGAGAAAAAAGAAGAAAAACAAGAUGAAGAAAAGCACGACGAAGAGGGUACUGAAGUAGUUGAUUAUUCAAAUGUGGAGGUGCCAUCUUCCUUACAAUCCCUUUGUCGUUAUGUGGAAACGACACUAAAGCCUCAGGAGAAGAUCAUGACCUUCACAAUUGAGAAGGAGGUGUUUGGUGCAGAUCGCAGUACCUUCGUCUUGCAUGAAGAUAUUACACAGUUAGCAGGCAUGGAAGAAAUUGGGGCUACUGUGGUUGCAGUAUAUAUGAGGUGCUUAUAUGAUCGUUUGAGAGAAGCAAAUAUGUGCAGCAUGGUUGGCUUUAUCGACCCUGCUCAAGUUAGUGCCAACGCUGGCCGUCAUUGGGUCUUGCUGAUUGUGAGAGCAAAGAGGGAAACUGUCUAUUUUCUGGAUCCUCUGCCCGGAAAUCGUGUGGUUGAUGAGGAGGGCAAAAACAUCGUGAACAAUGCUUUAAAAAUUUAUAAUUCCCACAUAGGCAGACCAGGCCGUAAAGCACCAAUUUGGAAAACUCUGCCAGGCACACCAAAGCAACCCAGCAGUGUCGAAUGCGGGUAUUAUGUGAUGCGCUUCAUGAGGGACAUCAUCAUGGAUCCUUCCUUGGAGUUUGAGAAGAAGUUUGCCAAGGGAAAAGAGCAAGCGCCAUACCCCCAAGCAGCCAUUGAUGAAGUCCGGAAUGAAUGGGCAGACAAUUUUGUCUAUAAUAUAUAA